AUGGCGACGAGAAGACGUACUUUGCUCAAGGUCAUCGUCCUCGGGGACAGUGGGGUUGGUAAGACUUCCUUGAUGAAUCAAUAUGUGCAUAAGAAGUUCAGUCUUCAGUACAAAGCUACUAUUGGUGCUGAUUUCGUUACGAAAGAGAUUCAGAUUGGAGAUAAGCUUGUUACUCUACAGAUUUGGGAUACUGCUGGUCAAGAAAGAUUCCAGAGUCUUGGUGCUGCCUUUUACAGAGGUGCAGAUUGCUGUGCCUUGGCGAGUCCAUCGGACCUAAAGACAUUUCCCUUUAUAGUGCUUGGAAACAAGGUUGACGUAGAUGGAGGGAGCAGUAGAGUGGUCUCUGAGAAGAAAGCAGCUGACUGGUGUGCUUCAAAUGGUAGCAUACCUUAUUUUGAGACAUCAGCAAAAGAAGACUACAAUGUUGAUGAAGCAUUCUUUACCAUUGCCAAAACUGCUCUUGCGAACGAGCAUGAACAGGAUAUAUACUUCCAAGGCAUACCAGAUGCAUCAACUGAAAACGAGCCAAAAGGGGGUGGUUGCGCUUGCUGA